AUGUUGGAGCACUGGCGCCUCUUCACCAAGCGCGGCCAGCCAAAGCGCACAUGGGGAGCAUGCUUCGGCUCGCGUAAGGACCGCGAUGUCGCUUGGGAGGAAUACCUCCCCAUCCGCCAGAACGUCAUGGACAAAGGCCUCGUCAUCGAGCACUGCAUCCCAAACCCCAAGGGUGCAACCAAAACAACCGAGGAAACAACCACCGAGCACACGGAGAAUGCUCUGCAGCACACCCGUGCCGCUGCGGAAGCUGCGGCAGCACUACUAGCAUCUCCCGAGGACGCGGCCGACCCAGGCGACAAGGCCCGUGACCAAAUCGACACCAUUAUGGACCUGCUCUACAAACGCAUCACCAAGGGCAAAAAUGCCGAGGAGUAG